AGGAAUGUCUGUAAUGUAGUUCAAAAGGCAUCUGCUGCCACCUCCUCCCUGCACCCCUGCUGGUCGAUGAUCCAGAAGACCUGAUAAAAUUCCAACAGUUCGCGGGCCAAUGGAAGAUUUGAACACCCACCAAAACAAGAGUGGCCCUUCCGUAGCACCCAGAAUGGUUUGGAACCUCUCGCCUUCAUGUUGCCCACUUUCGGUAAUUGUUAAAUAAGAAGAGGGCGGAGGGCUCCACCCUUGCCUUGUUCCUGGCUGACCGCGAAGCCCAGGGUCUCCCCAGCUGCGCUCCGGGGCUGGGCGCGGGGGCCCGAGCGCGCAGCGUUUGUGCGGGAGCCCGCGGCUGACACGGAACGCGAGCGGGCUGUGACACCGCCCGGGGGAGGCGCGCGCCGAGCUGGCGACGGCGGGCCGGCCUGACACGCCGCGGCGCUAGCUCCCUGGCUCCGAAGGAAGGGCAGCUGUCCCCGCCGCCGCCGCCCGAUGGCGAGGCUGCGGGAUUGCCUGCCCCGCCUGAUGGUGACGAUCAGGUCCCUGCUCUUCUGGUCCUUGGUCUACUGCUACUGCGGGCUCUGCGCCUCCAUCCACCUGCUCAAACUUUUGUGGAGCAUCGGCAAGGGACCUGCACAGACCUUCCGGCGGGUGACCCGGGAACACCCUCCUGCGUGCAUGAACGACCCCUCUCUGGGUACCCACUGCUACGUGCGGAUCAAGGAUUCUGGGUUAAGAUUUCACUAUGUUGCUGCUGGAGAAAGAGGAAAACCACUUAUGCUGCUCCUUCAUGGAUUUCCAGAAUUCUGGUAUUCUUGGCGUUACCAACUGAGGGAAUUUAAAAGUGAAUAUAGAGUUGUCGCACUGGAUUUGAGAGGCUAUGGAGAAACAGAUGCUCCCAGACAUCGAGAAAAUUAUAAAUUGGACUGUCUAAUUACAGAUAUAAAGGAUAUUUUGGACUCCUUAGGGUAUAGCAAGUGUGUUCUGAUUGGCCAUGACUGGGGAGGCAUGAUUGCCUGGCUCAUUGCCAUCUGUUAUCCUGAAAUGGUGAUGAAGCUUGUUGUCAUUAACUUCCCUCAUCCAAAUGUAUUUACAGAAUAUAUUUUACAACACCCUGCUCAGCUGUUCAAAUCCAGUUAUUACUACUUCUUCCAAAUACCACGGUUCCCAGAAUUUAUGUUCUCAAUAAAUGAUUUCAAGGCUUUGAAACACCUAUUUACGAGUCAGAGCACUGGUAUUGGAAGGAAAGGGUGUCGAUUAACAACAGAAGAUCUUGAAGCUUAUAUUUAUGUCUUUUCUCAGCCUGGAGCAUUAAGUGGUCCAAUUAACUAUUACCGAAAUAUUUUCAGCUGCCUGCCUCUCAAACAUCACAUGGUGACCACUCCAACACUCCUACUGUGGGGAGAGAAAGACGCAUUUAUGGAGGUUGAGAUGGCUGAAGUCACAAAGAUUUAUGUUAAAAACUAUUUCAGAUUAACUAUUUUGUCAGAAGCCAGUCAUUGGCUUCAGCAAGACCAACCUGACAUAGUGAACAAACUGAUAUGGACAUUUCUAAAAGAAGAAACAAGAAUAAAAGACUGACUUUAUCUUCUAUGAGGGAUCUGUAAUGAAAUCUAUAAAUAUUUUUUAAAAAUUGUUCUCAACUUCUUUAUGUUUUGUUAGGGGAAACCCCUGUUUUAAUAUCUUUAUCAUAAAUAAAUAUCCUGACAAAUGAUAUUAAAAAAAUUGAGAAUGUGUGAAUGUGUAAUAUAAUGUUGAUUUCCAUCCAUCAUAUUUUGCACAGAAAAGCAUCUGCCUUAAAAUGUAUAUAUUUGUACAAAAAGGAAG